AUGGCUGAGGAGUUUCAGGCGACGGCAGCAAUUUGCGGCGGCAGAGGCGGUGCGUGGUGGAACUCGCCGAGGAGCGUUAUGUCUCCUUCGGAUCACUUCUUGUCGCCUUGUUUCGGAGCUGCAAUCACUUCCGAUGAUUUUGGCUCUAAUGAGAAUAACAUCAAAAAUAGGAUGACUUGUACAGACAACAACAUCGUUUUCCGACAGCGAGAGGCGGAUUCCGACAGUGGAGGAAGCACCGUGACGAUUGACUCGACGUUGCAAAUGAUGGGUCUAGGGUUUUCCUCAAACUCUUCUUCAGAUUGGAACCAAACCAUUUUACAAGAAGACUUAAACUCAAGCUUCAUAAGGAGCUCGCAAGAUCAAGAUCAUGGCCAAGGAUUCUUAUCCACAACUACUUCACCUUAUCUUCUAAAUCCAGCUUGUUCUUCAUCUUCAUCAACUUCUUCUUCCUCGAGCUUGUUAAGAACCUUUUAUGAUCCCGAACCCAGUCCGUACAACCUUGUCUCCACCACAAGUUGUUCAAUCAAUGAUCCUCAACUCUCUUGGGCUCAUAACACAAAUCCUCAUCAUCAAGCUCCUUAUGGACUAAUUAACAACUUCUCUAACAACACAAACUCUCGACCCUUUUGGAGUUCUUCAUCGACCACUAACUUAAACAGCAUGACGCCGAACAAUUUCUUAACCACUCCUCAAAUAAUUUCUACUCGUCUUGAGGACAAAACCAAGGUGAGAAAAGAGAAUCUGAGGGACCAGAUUACUUCAUUACAACAGCUAGUUUCACCUUUCGGAAAGACAGAUACUGCGUCUGUUCUCCAAGAAGCUAUAGAGUACAUCAAGUUCCUUCACGACCAAGUCACUGUUCUAAGCACUCCAUACAUGAAACAAGGAGCCUCGAUCCAACAACAACAACAACAGAUUUCUGGCAAAUCAAAGAAUCAAGAUGGAAACGAGAAUCAAGAACUAAGAGCACACGGCUUAUGUCUCGUCCCGAUAUCAAGCACGUUUCCGGUGGCUAAUGAAACAACCGCCGAUUUUUGGACACCAACUUUCGGGGGCAACAAUUUCAGGUGA